AUGACCAAAAGAACCUUGGAAAGUCAUCGAGAGCUACAAUUCAGGGUAUCCAUAGUAAGAUCAGGGUUGCAAGUAGACACAACACCGAAUGAAGUCAAUGUGGAGCAGUUUGCAUACCACUUGUUGGCCGAGUUUGAGCAACUUGCCCUCACAGAAAAACGUCCUGGAGCUCGAAGUUAUCCACAAAAGCCAAAACCUCAAGAAGCCGAGAAGCCGAAGGAAGACGAAGGGUCAACCGAAGGCCCGUCCAUGAAAGAAUUGUUGGAGCAAGCCAACACCAUGCUGAAAUCUUUGACUACGACGGCUGCAUCCUCAACGGCGACUGGGAGUGCCACUGGCUCCAGAGAAGAUACCACGACGUCUGGAGAAGGAGAUGAAACCUAUAAGCGUGUGUCUGUCACACUGGCCAAUCGAGAGACGACUUCAUUGCAAGUGACACCUGGCGGCAUCAUGGUGACCGAAAGAGCCGAUGUCGAACCAAUACUCCCUAUGGGACAACUUGUCCAUGACCUUGGCUGCGAAGUUUGCUGGAAGACUGGUGACUUGAAGAUCCUUCAUCCACGCCGAGGUCUACUACCAGUGCAAAACCAAAAAGGAUGUCCUCAACUACCACGAGCCCUUGCCUUGGAUUUGAUCGAGGAAAUGGAGGUGGUGGGAAGUCAGAGAACGAUGAGAAGUCUGAAGUUCGAGAAAGAGCAGAAGUGGAUGGAGGAAUUGAUCCAAAGUCACUCUGUUCUCUGUGAACUUCCAAAACGAAUCAAAGACCGGCUUUUGGUCGAUGUGGGCGAUUGGAAAGAUUUGCCAAUCAAUCUCCGCCAAAGAAAACGUCUUCAGUGUGAUGGCUGUUUGGUGCAUCUAUACGCUGGAGAAGAUGAGGGAUUCACUUUGUCCAGAGCUUUGAAGCAGCAAGGGGGAGACACCAAUCAACUACUCGAAAAUGACCUGAAACGUGGGGAGUCCCACAAUAUGCUGAAUGAUGUUGGAAUGUACUCUGGUCUCCUUUGCGCUGUCAUGCAUGACAAGGUAGAUGCCUUCGUUGCCGGACCCAAUUGCAGAACGAGAUCGGUCCUCCGGCAUUACCCAAAAGAAGAUGCUCCGAGACCAAUCCGAGCGUGGCAUGGAGCUGAACAUGGUCUUUCCGACCUAUCACCUGCUGAGCAACGACAGUUGAAUGAAGAUGAUGUCUUGAUCUGGCAAGAACAUUUGCAACAUGGUCAUGUGCCUUUUCGUCGCGACUGUUUGGUGUACCAACAAAGUCUUCAACAAGAGCCACCUCAUCGAAAAGUUAAGCAUCCUCUUGGUGGAGUUCUUUCAGUUGACACCGCUGGACCAUUUGUCCGAGCCUAUGAUGCUGGAGGUUACAAAACAGCUUAUAUCCUUGUGGGAGUUCUGACAUGGACGGUACCGAAGAAUUCACCAUUGAAGGAGGAUGACGUUGAGGAACUGGAAGUGGAAGCACCUAACUUUGACGCGAACAAGGGUGAAGAACAAGACCAACUACAAACCGAAGAUGAACCAGCUGGCCAUGAACCGGUCCAAGGCAUCUUCGACGACCCUGAGGAUGAAAGUGAAGAACCUGAAGAGGAAGAAAAGUCUGCAGAAUUUGAAACAAGGGUUUUUCGACUUGCCGCUCCAAUGUACUCUAAAAAGGCUAAAGAAACUACAAUGGUCACCAUGGAUGUGCUUCUUCGACAGCGAGCUGAUGGAUUUCACAGUGGCCACAUACACAGUGACCAAGGGCAUGAAUUCCAAGGUCAGUUCAAAGUUUGGUGUCGUGAACGUGGAAUUCACCUCACUAGAACUCCCGGUGAUGACCCCCGAUCGACUGGCCGGGCCGAAUGUGCCGUGAAAACCAUCAAAACCCAGAUUCGCCGAGUCCUACUGCAAGCUGUAGCUACUGGAUCUUGGUGGCCCUGGGCAACAAGAUUUGUCAACGAGCUUAAUCGUGCGGCUCGAAUUGGGAAGAGGCCCGAUUGGCCACCCUUCCUCUCCACUGCCAUGAUCAGAAAACGAAA